GAAUCAGGUUGACUCAGUUCUCAGGUGCAGUUAAUUACGCUCAUUACAGAGAAGAAGCACACAUAUCGAAGCUUUUAUCGUUGUGGAAGUAAUCUUUUUAUUCAAGCAACAUUUUAAAUACUAACUUAGUAGCGUUUGGCUCUGUAACAGCUGAGAAGCUGAAACUCACGUGUUUUAGAGGAGAUGAUGGAGUUAUAUGCCAUGAGCCACAGGUGUUCAAACGAGCAGAUGUCUCUGGCCGAGAUGCUGGAGGUUCAGGAUCAUCCAGUGAGCGAGGAGCAGGCCUGGGCUCUGUGUUAUCAGCUCUGCUGCAUACUCUCUCAUCAGCCCGGUGAACAAACCCGGAGAGCAGCCGUGUGUCCCGCCGCGGAGGCGGUGCUGUUCUCCGGAGACGGCGGCGUCUCUCUGCGGCAGAGUACCGGCGAGACCGGGAAGAGUACAGGUCAUUCAUGUGUGAUAAAGACAGAGGAACAGGCUGUGGAGUUUGUGGGCCGUCUUGUGUACUUGAGUCUGGACUGGGGUCUGGAGACGCAGGUGGAGCGUGAAUUAAGCGAGACCUUGGAGAUCCUGGUGUGUCAGAUGACCAAAGUGAACCUCGGCUGCAAUCAGCCCAUCUGCAGCAUCGCUGACGUCAUCCACGUUUGUAAGCAGCGCCUGUACGAUCCGAGUCAGGCAGCUAAACACUACAGGAGCGUGUGUUCCAGUCUGUUCUCGCACACCGUUGAGUUGUGUCAGUGUCUGCAGAUCGUUCAGCAGUCCAGGAAGAGUCUGCAGAAACUAUUUGAAUCAGAGACCCAACUGGUUGCACAAGUGACCACAGACUGGGUGUCCUCAUGGAGGGAUCUGGUGGAUGAGUUGAGCAGAGGUGUGUUGCUGCGGCCGCUAGCAAAGAAACUGACUGUCAGCAAAUGCCCACAGCCUGCGGAGACCCCUCCGUUUAACCAGCUUCUGCGGGACAUCCAGUGCAGGCGCUACACGCUGCGGAAAGUUCAGCUAACUGAUGUAGGAGAUGGCCAAAGAAAACUAGACCCUCACCAGACUCUUCUAGAGUUCAUCCGCUCACGGCCAAAGUUGAGACCGGCGUCCGAGCGUAGGAUAAGCCUGAAGCCCAAAGAGCAGGUCAGUCUGCAUGAGUUGCUAAUGGAGGAGAUUCGCUCGACUGACCACUGCAAACGUCUGGCACACAACACAGAGCCGAACUAUAAAAAUGGCUUGACGAUUAAUGAAGCAGCUGAAGAGCGUUCUUUGCUGAAGUCCGCUUCUCACAGGAUACGCUCUAAUGAAGCUGUUGGUUCAGGAAGUGAUGCGCAGGAUGCCAGCUUCACAGUUACACAAUCUCUCUUAGACUUCAGACUCUGUGCAGGAAAGCGCCGGACCAGAUCUUUUGCUUGCAACCAGGAUCUCUUCAAAGUGGUGGAGAGCAGUAACAGGGGGUCUGUUCUCACAACGAUCGUUGACGUCAUGAAAAUGCACAGUUCUGAGGAGAAGGGAGAUGUGAAGGAUCUGUCGUGUGAGAGAUAUGGGGACUGGCGGGUUUGUUCUUGCUGUGCAAUGAGGAGCCUGUAUUUCACGUGGCAUAACGUCUGCUCUGUGUGUCAGAGGGUUGUGUGUCCCGGGUGUUGUCUAGAGAUGCGUCUGCCCUCCAAGCGCUGCGUGAACCUUCCUCUGAGCUUCUUCAAGCAAAUCGUGAUGAAAGAUGGCGAGCAAAGCCAGAGAAACUUCUGGAGCGAGCGCUGGUCCUGGAAUUCAGUCUGGAUUCCUCUGGUUCUGGUGUCGAGUGGCUCCAGCUCCAGCUCCCUUCACACUCAGGCCAUGCGUGGCUGGUACAGUCAGGACAUCUGUGUGCGCUGCCAGAAGGAUCUACUGCAGGCGUGCGACUCGCUGCCGUCCCGCUGUCCCGUCACGGACUCUCAGGAGAUCUGAACGCCUCCGUCUCAUCGCUCUGUCCUUUUAUCUCCUCCUUUAUUUAACUAUCCGUGGUGUUUGUGUGUUUUCCUUGUUGGGUUGGUUGUUCACAGUGUGGCACCUUGUUGGUUCUAGACGUAUGUUUUUCACCAGUUGCAGAGUUAGUUUUAAGGUUUUACUUCAUGAACAAAUGAAAUAAAUGUUGAAAAUUUUUACUAAGGUUUGUAUGCAUAUGGAGCGCACAGUGAUGAUGGCCUUCGCUGCAGUUUAAAGAAAUAUCAAAGGCAAACCCACAGUGAUGUUUCGCAUAGCUAAAAUAGUCCUCAACUACUUCAAUAAAAGUAUAAGACAAAUUAUACUUAUUCCAGUGAAUGUUUUGGUAUAGGAUUAUUUGGGAGUAUCACAUUUCAAUUAGAAGAACCAAAUUCUUCUUUUGCCAUUCUGUCAUGAGGGUCUUGAUUUCAUGCAAAUUUAAAAAAAAAAAUUUCCCUUCAAAAUAUAAAAAUAUUUGGAAAAAAAUACAUUUGUAGACACAUGAAAAAUAUUGUAGGGCUUGACUGAACCGUUCAGAGGACAAUAAUUUGUAACCUUAAUGAUUGUAGAGUUUGUAGUGAAAUUUAGUGAAUUGUAUUUAUUUAUUUUUAAACCGAACACCAUAUUAGUUGUGAAGUUCAGUCUGAUUUGGAUGUAAAAACAAAAUCAAUCUCGGAUCUCAAUUCACCAAACCAGUGGGAACAUGUUGCUUGGUUUGGUUUAGUGUUUGAGUUGAGUUUAAUUAACUGCAUGUGUACCCUGAAACCCAUA